GUGGCGUCCCCGGCCGGUUUGGGGGGUGCGUUGCCCGGAGACGGAAAGUUUGGGAGCCAGAGCAGGCUCCGCGGCGGCCCCGGGGAGGAGGUCCGGGGGGCGGCGGCCCUGGGGAUGGGGAAAGAGCAGGAGCUGCUGGAGGCCGCCCGCACCGGGCACCUCCCGGCCGUGGAGAAGCUGCUGUCCGGGAAGCGGCUCUCCUCAGGCUUCGGGGGCGGCGGCGGCGGUGGAGGCGGCUCCGGGGGCGGCAGCAGCGGCGGCGGCGGUCUAAGCUCCUCGAGCCAUCCUCUGUCCAGUCUGCUCAGCAUCUGGCGAGGGCCCAAUGUGAACUGUGUGGACAGCACUGGGUAUACACCUCUGCAUCAUGCUGCUCUGAAUGGCCAUAAGGAUGUGGUCGAGGUUCUUCUGCGGAAUGACGCGCUGACCAACGUGGCUGACUGUAAAGGCUGUUACCCUCUGCACUUGGCAGCCUGGAAAGGAGAUGCCCAGAUAGUGCGGCUACUCAUCCAUCAAGGGCCGUCACACACCAAAGUCAAUGAACAGAAUGCUCUUGAGAUCAAAGAACUCAAAAAGUACGGCCCCUUUGACACUUAUCUCAAUGCCAAGAACAAUGACAACGAGACAGCCCUACAUUGCGCGGCGCAGUAUGGCCACACGGAGGUGGUAAAGGUCCUCCUCGAGGAGCUCACCGACCCUACCAUGCGCAACAACAAGUUCGAGACCCCGCUGGACCUGGCGGCGCUCUACGGGAGGCUGGACGUGGUGAAGAUGCUCCUCAACGCGCACCCCAACCUCCUGAGCUGCAACACCAAGAAGCACACCCCGCUGCACUUGGCGGCGAGGAAUGGCCACCGGGCUGUGGUCCAGGUCCUCCUGGACGCUGGCAUGGACAGCAACUAUCAGACGGAGAAAGGCAGUGCUUUGCAUGAGGCUGCUUUGUUUGGCAAGACUGAUGUGGUGCAAAUCCUGCUGGCUGCAGGAAUUGAUGUCAACAUAAAAGACAACCGCGGCCUGACUGCCCUGGACACUGUCAGGGAGCUGCCUUCUCAGAAGAGCCAGCAGAUAGCAGCGCUUAUUGAAGAUCACAUGACUGGAAAAAGAAGCGUGAAAGAGGUAGAUAAAACCCCCACACUGCAGCCACCUCCUGUCUCCAGUGUGGACUCCACAUCCCAGAAGUCUCAGGGUGACGUGGAGAAGGCAGUGACUGAACUGAUCAUCGACUUUGACACGAACACGGAAGAGGAGGGUCCCUACGAGGCGCUGUAUAACGCUGCCUCCUGCCAUUCGUUGGACAGCAUGGCCAGCGGGCGCUCGUCUGACCGGGACUCAGUGAACAGGGAGGCCGAGGCAGCCGGAGUGAAAGCUGCUGGAGUGAGGCCUAGGGAACGUCCACCGCCUCCAGCAAAACCGCCACCCGAUGAAGAGGAGGAAGACCGCAUAGAUAAGAAGUAUUUUCCCUUGACAGCUUCUGAGGUGUUGGCCAGGAGACCCUGGACUCCAGGGAGCGCAGCUGGGGACGAGGAGCAUCCUUAUGAGCUGCUGCUGACGGCGGAAACAAAGAAACCGAUGUCCAUGGACGGAAAAACGAAAGACCGCAGGCGGAGCAGCGGCAGCCGGAGCCAGGACUCUGCGGAGGGCCAGGACGGGCAGGUCCCUGAGCAGUUCUCAGGUCUCCUCCACGGCUCCUCCCCCGUGUGCGAGGUGGGGCAGGACCCUUUCCAGCUGCUCUCAGCCCCUGGCCAGAGCCAUUCAGAAGGGUCCCCCGCUCAGGGCGCCUGCCCCGGGGCCAGCAUGCAGCUGGAGGAGACGGGCGUGCCUGCUGCCGGGGCCUCCCCGGCCCGCGUGCUGGACCAGAGCAAGAGAGCGGGCUACCCCACGAGUCUGCCCACCACCCACCGCCAGACACAUCCCGAAACUCUGCCUCGCACGGCAUCAACGCGCCCUGGCGGUGCCGAGGAAGAAGGAGACCGGAGCGGGGCCAGAAGCCGAGCCCCUCCCACCAGCAGACCCAAAGCGGAGCUCAAACUCAGCCGCAGCUUGUCCAAGUCUGACUCUGAUCUGCUGACCUGCUCACCCACAGAGGACGCGACGAUGGGGAGCCGGAGCGAGUCCUUAUCCAACUGCAGCAUCGGCAAGAAGAGGCUGGAGAAGUCGCCUUCCUUUGCCUCGGAGUGGGAUGAGAUCGAGAAAAUCAUGAGCUCUAUCGGAGAAGGGAUCGACUUUUCUCAGGAACAGCGGAAGAUCUCAGGUUCGCGGCCGCUGGAGCAGAGCGUCGGGGAGUGGCUGGAGGCGGUGGGGCUGCAGCAGUAUGAGAGCAAGCUGCUCCUGAAUGGCUUUGACGAUGUCCGCUUCCUGGGGUCUAACGUGAUGGAAGAGCAAGACCUGCGGGAAAUUGGCAUCACUGACCCCCAGCACCGGCGGAAGCUGCUGCAGGCUGCGCGGUCCCUGCCCAAGGUGAAGGCUCUGGGCUAUGAUGGGAGCAGCCCCCCCUCAGUGCCCUCCUGGCUAGACUCCCUGGGGCUGCAGGACUAUGUCCACUCCUUCCUGGCCAGUGGCUACAGCUCCAUCGACACUGUGAAGAACCUCUGGGAGCUCGAGCUUGUCAACGUCCUCAAGGUCCACCUGCUUGGCCAUCGCAAGCGGAUCAUCGCCUCCCUGGCAGACAGGCCCUAUGAGGAGCCGCCCCAGAAGCCCCCACGGUUCUCCCAGCUGAGGUGCCAAGACCUGCUCUCACAGACAUCCUCACCCCUGAGCCAGAACGACUCCUGCACCGCGAGGUCGGCUGACCUGCUGCUGCCCCCUGGGGACACAGGCAGGAGGCGGCAUGACAGCCUCCACGAGCCUGUGGUGCCCGCUCGGGCGGAACGCUUCCGGAUCCAGGAAGAGCAUCGAGAGGCCAAGCUGACCCUGCGGCCCCCCAGCCUGGCCGCCCCCUAUGCCCCUGUGCAGAGUUGGCAACACCAGCCGGAGAAACUCAUCUUUGAGUCCUGCGGUUAUGAAGCCAACUACCUGGGGUCCAUGUUGAUCAAAGAUCUGCGAGGGACGGAAUCCACGCAAGACGCCUGUGCCAAGAUGCGGAAAUCCACGGAGCACAUGAAGAAGGUCCCCACCAUCAUCCUGUCCAUCACGUACAAAGGGGUCAAGUUCAUCGAUGCCUCCAACAAGAAUGUCAUCGCAGAGCACGAGAUCCGGAACAUUUCCUGUGCGGCCCAGGACCCAGAGGACCUCUGUACCUUUGCCUACAUCACCAAGGACCUGCAGACCAGCCACCACUAUUGCCAUGUUUUCAGCACCGUGGAUGUGAACCUGACCUAUGAGAUCAUCCUGACGCUGGGGCAGGCGUUCGAGGUGGCCUAUCAGCUGGCCCUGCAGGCCCAGAAGUCCAGGCCGGUGGGGGUUUCUGGCACUGAGAUGAUCGAGACAAAAUCUUCCAAACCGGUGCCCAAGCCCCGGGUCGGCACCAGGAAGUCAGCACUGGACCCACCCGACAUGGACGCGGAUGCCCAGUCCCACGCCAGCGUCUCCUGGGUGGUGGACCCCAAGCCAGACCCUAAGCGGAGCCUCAGCACCAAGUAUGAGACCACUAUCUUCUAAGCACCCGCCCCGUCUCCACUAGUCCCACGUGCCUUGCCGUCCAGUCUCUCUGCUGUUCUCAACUCUCCUUCCCGCUGCUGGUGCCAGGCGUCCCCGCGGGGACCUCUCCUCCCGGCAGCAGCUGUAGACACUGCACACUCAGCUCACACCUAACACCAUGGACACUGUGAUUCCCCCCGGGCCAGGAAAGCUUGCAGGGGGGGGCGAGGUGCCUUUGAGGUGGGCGUCAGGAGGGCUCAGAAGGCGGGCGCUGUGGACCCUGGCGGGGGGCGGGCAGUAUCUAGCAGCGGCCGCUCCCUCGGAUCGGGCCCUCCUCUCCCGUCUUCUGGGCCGAGCCCUGGCGGGGUCAUUGCCGAGAGCUACCUGCCUGCACCUUCCUGACACAACCAACCACUGUGACCACCUGGGCCCAGAGCACCCCCCCGCACUCGGCUCGCAGCUGCUGCAGCCCUGCCCCUCCUGCUCUAAGGUGCUGGCCUCCCCCAGAGCCCUGCACUCAGCCAUGUGGCUUGACCAGGGUCAGACUGCUUUCUGGGAGGGUCAACAGUCUGCGCCAGGCCCGGGGCACACGCCCGACCUCACAGCCUGGGGCUUUGAGCACCUGAACACCCCAGGCUGCUCCCCUCAGCAGGUGCUUGGGCCUGACGGGUCUCCCUCUGUCACGACUGGCACGGCUCCUCGUGUCUCCGCUGGUGAGUUGCAGGCAGCCUCUGGAGUCUGGCUCACGGAAGAGGAAGGCCUUCCUUCGGGCCCAGCAAGGGGGAGGCUGGUGCCUGCGCACAGGGUGCCCCUUCUGCCCUCACAGAACGGGCACCUGGGCCAGCAAUGUCCCUUGUCCUCCAGGGGACUCCCGACCCUUGUCCACAGGGCGGAGAUCAGAGACAGUCAGCCGGCCUCCGGUCCCUUCCCGAUCCACCUCCCUUGGCCUCCAUCCUCUGCCAAGGGAGGCUUGUCCGUCACCUCAGAGCAGUUCAGCGGUUGGGGGGGGCGUGGAGCUGAGCGUGGAGGAGGCGCUACCGUCCCCAGCGGGGGCGGCCAGCUCAGGCCCUGCGUUGUGGUGCACAGGACAGCCAGCACGUCAUAGCAGUCCCUGAGCGGUGAAGCCCAAGUUGACAAGCCAGGGUGGGGCCUUCCGCCUGUCCCUGUGCUUCCCCAGCAGACGCACUGAGCCACACAGGGGGCUUGGGGGAGGCCGUGAGGGACCUUCUGUUCUGCUUCUGUGUUUCCUUUCCGUUUCCUCGACCUCGUGCGGUCCCUUUGGUUAACCCUUUCCUCCCCCCGUUGUGUUUGCUUCUGCCAAGCUGAGCCACUGAGGAACCAACUGUCCUGCAGACACAGACUCGGGGAGCACAGGCUCCCCCGCCACCGCCACCGUCUCACCUGCAGCUUUGAAGACCCAGGCCCGCCUCUGCCUGCAGGACCUCCUCUCGGCCGCGUGGCCAGAACCCGCCACCGCCAGGCCUCGCAGAGGGAGCCCUGCCCUGGUUGUGGAGAAGUGCUCCAGGCCUCUAGCAGAUGAGACUGGGACUCUUGAGGGCCAAGAAGUGACUUGUCCAGAAAACAUUUUUUAACAGAAUCCUUUUUAUAAUGUAAACUUUUAACACUUGGCUCAAACCUCUAGGUUAAACUGCCCAUCUUUAGACAAUGGCCAAAGGACAGCAGACCUGAGGCCAGCCUGGCCAGCCCUCUGUCCUCAGGCUGGGGCCUCGGCCUGGGCCGGCAGCUCUGAAGGGAAAGCGGGGGAACAACUAGGGGGUUAGAAUCAGCUUUUCAGACCCAACCAAGUUAGAGGCUGUGCCUCAUGACCUGCACGGCCUCUCGUCCCCGGCCAGACUGCACACGGCUCUGCAGUGAGAACACAGCCAAGAGGCACCAGACCCAGAGGGGUGCUCAGAGCUCUGCCCGGGGCUGCUUGGCCCCCAGGCUCUCUGGUGGCCUGAGACGGAGUGGAGGCAGACAGGAGAAGCAGCAGCUUUGUCUGGGGCAUUAACGGGUAGGGCAGCUGAGACUGCCACCUGCCAUCAGGGCUCGUGAUUAGGACUCAGCUUUGAUUCUCUGAGUUGUUGCUUUGACUGUUGCCCUUUCAGCCGCUGGGCUCCUCCCUGGCUCCACGUGCAGAGGUUUGGUUCACCCCGUGCGGCCCUCAGGGCACGCUGUCAAGUGCUGGGCACACUGCCACGUGCGCCCUGCUGGCUGCUCCGCCUGGUGGCUUUGGUGGUGGGGCUCCUCCUGGAGGCGGUAGACUGGGGGCUCCUUGCUCCUGUGCGGUGGAGCCAGGGCACAUGCUCCUCCAGCUCCUUCCAGAGAGGAGCUGUCCCCCCUCGGGCCCCGAGCAGACCCUGCUCUGCCGCACAACUCGGUCUGGGCCCGGGACCCGCAGCACUUCUCUCCCCCAGCGCGGGCAUGUGACCUGCAGGGAGUGCCUUGCUGGCCCGAGGCUGGCCCUGUGGCUUCCUCUCUGCCGAGUCGUCCACCCCGCAGGCCCCAGGAGGCACCCUGCCCCUCUCGGUACUAAACAAGGGCCUUCCCACCUGGAAGUCUGACGUCACGUCCGGCUGCUUCCAGGGCGCAGCGGCCUCACUGUGCAGUGUUCAGCCCUCUUCCCUCCAGGCUGCACGAGGAACCUGGCAGGGUGGGCAGGGGCUGCCGCUGCAGUGCUGCGCCCCCGCCCCCCGGGGAAGGCCACUCCCCCCCAGGUCAGCCUCUCUCGCUGGGUGGGCGGUGGGUCUGCAAGGAAAACUAGACACUACGAUGAGUUCCUCACCUGUCUUCUCGUUCUUAGGUCGUAGGCAGCUGUCUCCUGCCCCGAGGCUGCUGUAGCUUCUUUAUUUAUUCAGGGUGUUUUCGUAUCGGAAAGCCAAAGCCAAAGCCGUGGCUAAUCUGCUCUGGCUCUGGGUUUGCUUUGAGAUUGGUUUAUUUCUCAACAGUCAAGAAAGGAGAGGACUUGAUGGCUCUUUCUUUUGAACCCUCCAGGACAGGUACUCGCCCUUCCCUAGAGAGAAAUAUUAUAACGUUAAGGACAGGCUUCCAGCGAAGAAGCCCGGCUUCUGCCCGCAGCCGCCCUGAGCAGCCUGCCUGAGGCUGAGCAGACGGGGAGCUUGUGGAGCUUGUUGCUCUGCCCUCGGCCUGGGUGACAGGGCCGGGCCUGCGGAGGGAGUGUCAGACGCCGUUCACAAAGUGUCGUUGCUAACGGUGUGGCACUGGGACUUGGUUGUAAUAAAAUGUUAUUUAAUCUUUGUCUCUGUAUUUUGAUACUUGAAUGACUCCCCUUUUAUUUUGCUGUACAUAGAAUUGUUCAUCUGUCUUUGUCUGAAUUACAAACCUCUUGUGGUACCAAACAUGACCGACCUGUGCAACAAGAUAGACUGACCUCACUACACGAGAGUGUAAAUAUUCCUGGGCUUUCAGCUUUGGUUUUGUUAUUUUCGUAACUGUACAACUUAGAACAGACUGAAUUAAUAAAUGAGAAGCGACAUGAAACCA